AUGGCGCAUCAGGAUGAAUUGCCAGGCCCACCCGUCAGAGCCACUUGUGGUGGUCGUGGACCUGGUGGCUUCAUGCAGUCGACGGCUCCCGGCCCCAACACGCCGGCCGCCGCCGUGCGUAGCCUCUCUCCCCGGAGCGCUGCUGCCGGCCACCAGCUCCACGCGCUCCUCACCAAGCAUGGCCUCCUCCACCACCCGGCCUUCCUCCGCGCCCUCCUCUCCCGCUUGCCUGCCUCACCGUCGGCCCUCUCCCUCCUACUCUCCGCCCCGCCCGGCGUCCUCUCCCCGUCCAUCUUCUGCCCGGCCAUUGCCGCCUUCUCCUCUUCCCCGGUACCGUACUCCUCGCUCGUCAUCUUCAACCACGUCUCCUCCUUCUCCCUCCCCACCCCGCUCCCUGCCUUCCCCGCCCUCCUCAAAUCCUGCGCCCGCGCUUUCAAGCUGUGCUCCCGAGCCAGCAAGUCCGCCGCGGCCUUCACGUCCAAGGGCAUGGAGCUGCAUUGCCGCGUUCUGAAGCUCGGCUACGGCACGGAUCAGUACGUGCAGAACGCGCUCGUGUCCAUGUAUGGCAAGCUCGGCCGCCUCAGGGACGCGAGGAUGGUGUUCGACGAAAUGCCAGUCAGGAAUGCUGUCUCUUGGAACGCGCUGGUGGGGGCACAUGGUGCGGUGGGGGACUCGCAGGGUGCAGAGAGAGUUUCUAAGGAUACACCAGACAGGAACAUUUCAUGGUGGAAUGCCGAGAUCGUGCGGAAUGCGAGGGUCGGGGAUAUGGAGAAGGCGGCGAGGGUCUUCAGAGAGAUGCCUGAUAGGGAUGCCGUGUCGUGGAACUCCUUGAUCGGUGGCUAUGCGAAGCUUAGGAGGUAUAGGCGAGCAUUGGAGAUCUUCGAGGAGAUGCAGGACAAUGGCAUCAAACCGACUGAGCUAACACUUGUGUCUGUUCUUGGCGCGUGCGCAGAGAUUGGCGAGCUGGAACUCGGAAAAGGUGUCCACAGUUACCUUGAUAGCGCAGGCAUUGCAGCUGAUGGGUAUGUUGGUAACGCGCUCGUGGAUAUGUAUGCAAAAUGUGGCAGAUUGGAGCUUGCCAAGCAGGUCUUUGAAAGCAUGUCAACCAAGGACAUUACUUGCUGGAAUGCGAUGAUCGUUGGGUUGUCAGUCCAUGGUCUCUCACGUGAGGCCCUGGAGCUCUUUGAUUCGAUGAAAGUUGAACCUGACCGUGUCACAUUUCUCGGUGUCUUGGCUGCCUGCAGCCAUGGUGGCCUAGUGAGCGAGGGGAGGGCAUAUUUUGAUAGCAUGACUGCACGCUACAAAAUCGUGCCGGAUGUGAAGCAUUAUGGCUGCAUGAUAGACAUGCUAUGCCGCUAUGGGAAAGUUUCAGAAGCUUAUCGAAUGAUCAAUGAUAUGCCCAUCAAGUCAAACUCUGUGCUGUGGAAGAUGGUGUUGGCUGCAUGCCGAGUGCACGGGCACAUGGACGUCGCUGACAAGGUUUUCCACAAACUGCGUGAGCUGAUGCCAGUCGAUGACGGGGAUGUGAUCACGAUAUCAAAUGUUUAUGCAGAAUCAAAUAGAUGGGAUGACGUCGAGCAUCUGAGAACGAAGGUGAUCGAAACCAGGGUUUGGAAGCAUUCUGCACACAGUCAAGUUAAUGUAACGUAGCCAAUAUUUUCUGCCAGAAACUGGAGCCUACAAUGACCAACUUCAAAUACCACGCGGUAUAUGUGGUCAGCUAUUUCAAAUCGAAUGUGUCGAUACUACAGCCAGGCAGCAGCUUGGGCAGGUCGCAGGCUGCUGCUUCAGUUCUCUCCAAGUUCCAAGUGAAGACCGGAGGCUGUGUUGGUUAAUCUGUUUACAUAUCAGAGCGUGAGAUGGCCAUGUUAACCUGAAAAAUAUUGUCUGUUUCAAGAUGGAGCCUUGGAACCCUUGGAAACGCUUCAUUUCCUUCC